GAUCAGCUGUUUUAUUUUUGCCUUUUUUCCGUGUUUUUCUUUCUUCAUUCUUUUUUGCAUUCUUAUCAAGUCAUUUUGCAUGCGAAAAAUUGUACAACUUUUUUCGCUUGUCUCAUAAAUUGUUGUGCAAAAAUUGAUGUCCCAAUAUAAUACCAAAAAAGAUCCUUGCAAAGCCAAUGCCUGUAGAAUUCAAGCUUGUUUAAAGGAGAAUAAUUAUCAGGAGGACAAGUGUUUGGAGGUUUUGGAGCAGAUGCGCCAAUGCUGCUUGAAGUGGCACAAACAAUCUUUAUGUUGUUCGGGUAUUUAUUUGGAACGUCCAUAUAUUAAAAGUGAAGAAAAACAAACCGAGGAGGAAAAAACCAAAGGAAAACGUUAAGACGUUUGUGUUAAAGAGCUAGAAAUAAUGCCAAAUCCUUCCAUACCGCCUUAUAAACCACCACAAGAAUUGCAAGAAAUUCUAAAACAACAAGCCGCACAACGUAAACGUACCGCCCAAUUACCCAAACGUAAUUGGAUACAAAGAAAUCCUCGUCUCUUUCAAAUCACCUUUAUAACCACCUCAUUGCUGGUGCUAUUCUCUCGACCACUCUACGACGCCUUCAUCGAAGAAUCAUUUCCAGCUCUAGAGGAUUCUAUUAAAUUCAAAAAACGCGAGUAAUGGAAUCAGUACGUAAGGCUAAACAACGUUUACGCAACUAUCCCAUACUCUUAGGAAAAUGUGCCGAAACGGCUACGGUCUAUGCAGCCUGUGUAAGUCGUGAUUUGAAUGUACAACAUAAAACCUGUGACAAAGAGUUCCAACUGUUUAAGGAAUGUCUACAAAAGGCAGCACAUGAAAUGAAAACAAAAUUAUAAAGCAAUAGAGAGAAAAAAUUGCAAUAAACACUCUUAAGAAAUUAUAAAAUAAUAAGAUUUUCCACAUAUUUUUUAAAAAACACAAAAUGGCGGCCAAAACAAUGAAACUGCAACAUUUAAAAGAGAAUGUAACGAAUCUUUCCUUUCGUUUCCAUUUAUUAAUAUCUAUAGUUAUACGCUUGGCUUUAAUUUGCUAUGGACAAUUACAUGACGAACACUCAGAAGUGCCCUAUACGGAUAUAGAUUAUAAAGUAGUAACCGAUGGAGCUAGACAAAUACUCCAGGGUAAUACACCCUUUAAAAGGCACACAUAUCGUUAUAGUCCCCUGCUGGCUUAUAUGCAAUUACCCAAUGUUAUAUUGCAUCCAUGUGUGGGUAAACUUAUAUACUCCUCCUUUGAUCUGCUAGUAGCAGUGUUAAUCUAUGCUAUUGUCAAAGCCGAAUUACAAUCACAAUGCAAUAAGGCGGUACAAUAUUUACUAACCAAAUAUGGUAAAUCUAAUAAAUCUACUUCAAGUGCCAAUUAUGGUGAUACCGAUGAACGCAAUAGACCUGCCCAAAUAGCCAAAUUAUCAGCCUGCUUUUGGCUUUAUAAUCCUUUAACCGCUGUUAUUUCUACCCGUGGCAAUGGUGAUAGUUUUUCCAGUUUCUUUGUUAUCUUAACCCUAUAUCUUUUAGCCAAAUCGGAGGAUUGUUCGCGCAAAAGUACACGCAAUUGGUUUAUUUUAUUGGCCGGUUUGUCACAUGGUUUUGCCAUACAUUUGCGGCUUUAUCCUCUACUCUUUAGUUUAGCCUAUUAUCUUAGUUUAUCUGAGCGUUUAGUGCGCUCUUUAAAGGAGUUCUUACGUAUUGUAUUAUUUCCCUCUAGCAAACAGUUAUUAUUAGUUUUUGGUACCUUUUUAAGUUUAUUUUUAAUAACCGGCUUUUUCUAUUGUCUCUAUGGUUGGCAAUAUAUCUAUGAGGCCUACUUAUAUCAUUUUGUACGCAAAGAUGCUAGACACAAUUUUUCUUUGUACUUCUUGAUGCAAUACCUAAGUGGUGCUGCUGUAGAAACUUCUCUAUUAGAAAAAUCCCUUAUUCUGUUGCCUCAAUUGCUACUGAUUUUAUAUCUAAGUUUUGCCUUUGGUCAAUUUAGACAAACUUUACCGUUUUGCAUCUUUUCCCUGGCCUUUGUUAUGGUUACUUUUAAUUCGGUGGUUACCUCACAAUAUUUUGUUUGGUAUUUGGCCCUAUUACCGUUAUGUCUGAAUAAUCUACAAUCUAUUACAUGGCUUCAAUCAGCAGCCUAUUUUGCUUUAUGGUUAGUGGCCCAGGGUUUAUGGCUGUUGCCUGCCUAUCUAUUGGAAUUUAAGACUUGGAAUACAUUUUAUUGGAUCGGCGCUCAAAGUGCCUUUUUCUUUAUGGUCAACAAUUUGCUAUUGGCACGUUUAAUCGAACAUUAUAGCUUUACCUCGUUUAAGGUUAAUUUUAAGAAACUUUUUUAGAAAAAGUAACAUAAAUAUGGAAUGGAUUGGUAAAAUAUGUAGUUAUUUAGUUGAAUUAUAAGAGAUCAUACAAUUUAUAAUAACUUAAAUGAAGUAGUUUCACUUUGUAAACAAUUUUUAUAAUAAAUUGAAAUAAAAUAUUAAUAAAAAAAAAAUUAAAGUAAU